GAUCCCAGUACUCGGCAAACUGUUAUUCUACACCACGUCUCUCCCAGUAGACGAGAGUGUGCUCGCAAGUUCUCAAAGCGACGUACCUGACUAUCUAUAUACUACCCCCAGUCGCAAAGCUUACCCAAGUCAAAGAGAAAGGUCUCGUCGUCACUGCCGCCUGGUUCAUGCCGACCCUCCUGGGAUCUUGCUUGCCAAUUCGAUAAAUUACGAUCAAAUAUUACUUGCCGUUCAUGGUGCUUUUGAAGGUCAGCGUGCUUCUUCGAACGUGUCGGUUGAUAAUAUACUAUUGAGUGCAGAUGGAAGCAGGGGAGUUUUAAUCGAUUUCGAGCAUAUUAAGCGAUUCAACGAAUCUGCCCUCUCUGGCCCUCCUAGAAGCAGGUCAAAUUAUGAGCCGAUCGGCCAUAGCUAUUCUAUGUCACUGGAGGUCGAAAGGGCUCGCUACAUGUUUAUUCCUGAACCCAAAUAUGAUCUUGAUAAGGAAUAUUGUCCACCACCUACCCCUCCACCAUGGUUCCGAAACCCCCUUCACGAUGUCGAGUCCAUAUGGUGGAUCUUGGUUUGGGCAACACUACAUUUUAUAGAAACUGGGAUCCUGGAUGAAUAUAGAGAA